AUGGCAACAGAAAAGGCCGACGGCCAAACCUCCCAAUCCGACGACCGCAUCGAUGUCGAGCAAAUCGAUCGGGCCAUUUUGCCCCCUGUUACGUUGCAGGCUUUUGCUCACUUGGACGAGAAGGCCAUUCUGCGAAAGAUGGACCUCCGGUUGAUUCCCAUGCUAGCGCUGCUCUACCUCCUCUCUUUUCUCGAUCGCGGCAACAUCGGCAACGCGAAAAUCGAGCACCUCCAAGAAAACCUCUCCCUGACCGACGACCAAUACAACUGGUGCCUAACCGCCUUCUUCUUCACCUACGCCGCCUUCGAAGUUCCCAGCAACCUGGUCCUCAAAAAAGUCCGCCCCUCCAUCUGGCUGCCCACCAUCAUGGUCGCCUGGGGCGUCGUCAUGACCCUCAUGGGCCUGGUGCACAACUACACGGGGCUGCUCACGGCGCGGAUCUUUUUGGGAGUGACGGAGGCCGGGUUGUUUCCCGGCGUGGCGUAUUAUUUGACGAAUUGGUAUCGGAGGGAGGAGAUUCAGUUGAGGCAGGCGAUGUUUUUUAGUGCGGCUAGUGUGGCCGGGGCGUUUAGUGGGCUGUUGGCGUUUGGGAUUGGGAAGAUGGAUGGGGUUGGGGGGUUGCAUGGGUGGCAGUGGAUUUUUAUUCUGGAGGGUAUCGCCACGGUCAUAACGGCGAGCAUCGCCUUCUUCGCCCUCUUCGACUUCCCCGCCACAGCGACCUUCCUCACCGAAGAAGAACGGGCCUUUGUCGUCUACCGCCUCAAAUACCAAGGCCAGUCCCUCAACUCCCCCCACGCUCAAGUCGCCCAAGCCGACGAGUUCAAAUGGACCUACGUCAAAGACGCCUUUCUCGACUGGCAAAUCUGGGUCAACAUCUUUGUCUACUGGGGUGUCGUCUGCCCCCUCUACGGCAUCUCCCUCUUCCUCCCAACCAUCAUCAAAGAACUCGGCUACGAAAGCAGCCAAGCCCAGCUCAUGACCGUCCCCAUCUACAUCACAGCCGCCAUCCUCGCCGUGGUGGCGGCCUACGCCUCCGACCGCGUGGGGAAGCGCAGCCCCUUUAUUAUCGGCUUCAUGCUCAUGAUGGUCGUCGGCUUUUCCAUGUGCAUUGCUACCGAUCCGAAGGAGAAUCCGCGCGUGGUGUAUGGGGGUGUGUUUGUGGCUGCGUGUGCGAUUUAUCCGGCUUUUCCGGGGGUUAUUGCGUGGUUGUCGAAUAAUUUGUCGGGGUCGUUGAAACGGUCCGUGGGGAUGGCGUUGCAGAUUGGAGUUGGGAAUUUGGGGGGUGCCAUGGCAUCCAACUUCUACCGAGCCAAGGACAAGCCCCGGUACAUCCUCGGCCACGGUCUGGAACUGGGCUUCAUUGUCGGCGGAAUUAUCGCGUCGCUAAUCUUGGUUGUGGGAUACACCGCCCAGAACAAGAAACGAGCGAAGAAGAUGGAUGAAGGCGGGCUUGACGCGUACACCCCGCAGGAGCUGUCGGAGAAGGGAGACCGUGCUCUUACUUAUCGUUAUGUGCUCUAG